CACAUAGUUGUUACCAGCUAUCACUUAAAAUAAUGCCAUUUUUACUGCGGUCCCACCAUUUACCCAACUCUACACGCGUGUUGUUGGGAUGCCUUGUGACAGUAUCACUGUUACUUUUCUUUAUCAAAUUGGCCAGGUUCCGGGCUGCGUCCGGUGAUAUCAAGCUCCAUGACAUUAGAGUCCCAUACAUUCAGUUGAUUCCUAGAUACACGAUUUUUUACCCUUGGGCAGUUGUGACCUCAAUCUUUGCGGAAAUCUCUGUUAUAGGGUUCCUUUUGUCAACCGCCGUGUUGACAGUGACUAGUAGAUACAUCGAGAAAUUCUGGGGAUCCAAAGAGGUGAUCAAGUUUGUGUUUAUUGUUUGCAGUGUCACCAAUUUUUUGACCGUAUUAAUCACCAUCAUUUCAAAUAUUAUCCGGGGAGAUGCCAUGGGAAUGGAUAAGCCAUUGGGUGGUGGGAUCUCGUACUAUAUUGGAUUCUUGGUUGCAUUAAAGCAGUUGAUUCCAGAGCACAAUAUUGUUUUGUUUCAAGGAUUGAUCAAUUUCAGAGUGAAACACUUGCCAUUUAUUUGUGUCAGUGUGCUGUUGUUGUGGUCCUUACUCUUUUCUCGGUCUUUGUACCCAUUUAUCCCUUCGGUGGAAAGCUUUUUGAUCACCUACAUAUACUUGAGGUUCUUUCAAUUGUUUACAGUGGAUCCUUUGUUGCCAGUCUCUUCGAAUGAUGCCGGUAAUGUCAUCUAUGGUGAUGCCUCCGAUGUCUUUAAAUUGGUGGAGUUCUUUCCAGAUAUCUCUAAGCCGGUGUUGUCUGUGGUUUUCGAUAAGAUAUAUGAAUUGUCAGUGCUAUUGGGGGUGAUUGCUCCAUUCAACGAUGACUCUGUUGAACUAGGCAAUAUUAGAGCUCAGAAGAGACUGGAACAGAUAAACCAGACACAGAAGUCGGUUGCCAACUCGGUGGCAGAAAGAAGAAGACAAGUUGCUCUUCAGGUGAUUGAGGAUAGAAUCAACAAGGAAUCUAGACCUUGAGAAGACCAAGAAGAAUCGGAAAACAUCAUCUCUUUCACUCCAGUUCUGAAAAAAACUACUUUCUACAUGUACUUUACGGCAGUUUCAGCCAAUAUAUAGCUAAAAGACAAAUAUUAC